GGGCUGAGGGCGUGAACCCUGGCGACGCGCGUACGUGUGUGCGUGCGACCCGUUUAGUCCGGCUCUGGUUCCGUUCGGUCGUCCCCGACGCGGGAUUGGGCAGAGUCGAGUCUUUAAAAAGUGCAACGCAAAAAUGGCUUCCAAAAGAGCUCUGGUCAUCCUGGCCAAAGGAGCAGAGGAGAUGGAGACAGUCAUUCCUGUAGAUGUCAUGAGGCGAGCCGGAAUUAAAGUCACCGUUGCGGGUCUGGCUGGGAAAGACCCGGUACAGUGUAGCCGAGAUGUUCUCAUUUGUCCGGAUGCCAGUCUGGAAGAUGCAAAAAAAGAGGGACCUUACGACGUAGUGGUUCUGCCGGGAGGUAACCUGGGUGCACAGAAUUUAUCUGAGUCUGCUGCUGUGAAAGAGAUACUGAAGGAACAAGAAAAAAGGAAGGGCCUUAUUGCCGCUAUCUGUGCAGGUCCUACGGCUCUCUUGGCUCAUGAAAUAGGUUUUGGAAGCAAAGUUACGACACACCCGCUUGCUAAAGACAAAAUGAUGAAUGGGAAGAGAGAGAGAAAGAGAGUGCAAACGGGGAAGCGGCAGAGCGGGGGAGAGAGAAUCUUAAGCAGGCUCCACUCCCAGCACGGGGCCUGACACUGGUUCGUUCCCACGACCCUGGGAUCACAACCUGAACAGAGAUCAAAAGUUGGAUGCUCAACUGACUGAGCCCCCCAGGCACCCCUGCAGCUUGCUUUUUAAACCUAAGAUUGUAUCCUUUUCUGGGGGCAGGAGAGUAAUCUAUCAGGUAUUUCUUUAAUUCUUUGCGUGACCGGUUACUUACUCAGAGGCUGUAAAAGCAGCACGCCAUUGGGGCGCCUGGGUGGCUCAGUCUGUUCAAUGUAGGACUCUUGAUCUCAACUCAGGUCCUGAGCUCACGGUUCAGGAGUUCGAGGCCCGGAUCGGUCUCUGCGCUCACAGUGCAGAGCCUGCCAUGGUCUCCUGUCCUCCGGGAGGGAACAGCUUACAGACACAGGACACACACGUCGAAUUUAAAACCAGAAGGCAACGUGCAAUUUACGACAGCGCAGUGUAACCAGCCACGUAAACGUACAACUGUGUGACGACGCUCCCUCAGUAACAGCCACGGCUUCUCAGUGUGACACUCGGAACACCAGCCACGUAGUGUCUUUUGCCAGACAGGUGGCUUCUCCCUCUGCCAUCUGUCCCUGGAGUGCACGCACCAGAGAGACAGAGACUCUGGCACUUGCAGAGAGACAGAAAACUUCACGCUGUUGUGGAUGAUUGCAAGAGCGUCUGAAAUUUCCAGUUAGAAGCCAGAAGUGGUUCGGCUGGCAUGGAGCCAGCAAGGAAACCGGGAGGCUGGCCGUGUGGAAACAUCGCCAGCCAAACACCGGCGAAUGGGCCGGAAGAGGAAACGACAAUGGCGGCAGCUGAUCGGGAAACAGGCGGCGGCAGAUUUUGUCCCCGGUCUCAGCCCCACUCGAGGCUCAUUCUGACCUCACACAAAGUAGGCGGGUAACAUCUCUUCGUCAUCUUCUCACGGCCGGGCCGGGUGGCGCAUUUGCACGGUGUUGCUUUGUCUUUUUUUUUUUCAAUGUUUAUUUUUGAGACAACGCGAGAGACAGAGCGCAAGUAGCGGAGGGGCAGACAGAGGGAGACACAGAAUCCGAGGCCCGCUCCGGGCUCCGAGCCGUCGGCCCAGAGUCCGAUGUGGGGCUCGAACUCAUGAGCCGUGAGAUCCUGACCCGAGCUGAAGUUGCUCAACCGACUGAGCCACUCAGGUGCCCCUGUUGCUUUGUCUUUAACGAAGAGGUGCUGCUUUUCUUUUUUUUUUUUUUUUUUACAAACACUUUCAUGUUUGUUUAUUUAUUUUUGAGAGAGAGAGAGAGAGAGAGAGAGAGAGAGAGAGA